AUGAGGUGGCUCAAGUCGUUGGUUGGGCUGAGGAAGGCGGAGAGGCAGCAGCGGCGCAAGGAGGAUGGCGACGCCGGGCGAAUUAAAAGGGAUGCAAUCGAUCAGUUUCACUGCCAGGAUCACGGCAGCCUUGCCGCGCCAGAAGAGUUCCCUGAUGGAAAUGGCCCGUCAGAUGGCGAUUGCGAUGCCAGGCCUUCAUGCUCAGCACCCGGUUUCAGUAUAGUGCCACUGCCUCAAACAGAAGAGGAGCUCAAAGAGAUCUGGGCUUCCACAGUUAUUCAGACUGCAUAUAGAGCCCUCCUGGCUAGGAGAGCACGCCGAGCUUUAAAAGGACUGGUUAGGCUUCAAGCCCUUGUAAGGGGUCACAUUGUGAGAAAGCAAGCUGCCAUAACACUCCGGUGUAUGCAAGCUUUGGUCAGGGUACAAGCCCGUGUGAGAGCAAGGCGAGUUCGUGUGGCCUUGGAAAAUCAGACUGAUGAUCAACAAGAUAAUGUAAAAGAGCAAACGGAGGAGGCUUAUGUUCGAGAAAUUGAGGAUGGGUGGUGUGAUAGUAUAGGGUCUGUGGAAGAUAUCCAAGUGAAAUUGUUGAAGAGGCAGGAAGCAGCAGCCAAGCGUGAGCGAGCCAUGGCCUAUGCCCUUUCUCACCAGUGGCAAGCAGGUUCAAGGCAAAAUGCAGCCAUCACAUCAUCUGCACUAGACAAGAACAGUUGGAGCUGGAAUUGGCUGGAGAGAUGGAUGGCUGUUCGUCCUUGGGAGAGUCGGUUCCUAGGCACUUACACAGCAGAUGGAAUCGCUACUGGAGUGCGACAUGCCGAUGCAACUGCAGUCAAGGUUCCACAUAGGAAACCUGUGAAAAAGCAGGCUUCGACACUUUACUCAAACAUGUUGAACCCGAAGGGCUGCCCGCCUAACUCAGAGGGCACCGGCUCCUUGUCCAACCCGUCUGGUGGUUCGGCGCCAGCUAAGGCGAAACGGAAGAUGCCAUCCAAAGAAGGUUCUGAUGAAGUCUCGUCUCGUCCGUCAGGACUUGGUGCCCGGUGCAGUAGUAAUCCUAAGGAGAGGACUGGGCAUCUACAUUCUCGGGCCAACAAGAGGUUCUCCUUGCCUGCGACCGGUAUAGAAGCUGGCAAACGCCUGUCGAAUAAACCUGGGGUCAACCGAUCUCCCAAGGCUACCGAAUACUCCCCGACGCUGGGAGGAAAGCAUCGUCGUGCCGGUUCUGUUGAUCAAUUGCCCAAGAGAGUUGAGCUGCAGACCUGA